AAAUACAAAAAUCACUUUUUGUGUGGUCUGGCCUCUUCCCAGUUUUCUUCUCUCUCUCUCUCUCCGAAGAUUCACCGCGAGUCUGCCCAAGAGGAGCGCGCCUCGACUGCGCAGAAGCCGAGCUCCACCAGAAAUACCACCAUCUGCCGCCACAAGCACCGGAUCUCCUUCACAAUCCUGUCACAUUGAUGGAGGGCAGAAUUGCUGACGAGCUAUACUCAGAUACUUUGCGACUAUCAAAUGUAGAAUUGGAUCCCACAUCAACUGUCAUUGCUAAGCAAGGCGAUAUGAGUGAUUGUAAUGAGCAUGACUUACUGCAUGAGGAUGGCUCUUUCUGGGAUGAUUCUGAUGAAGAGAUGAAUAGAGCAUCUGAUUUGGACAGGGAGUGGCAAAGGCGGCGCAACCAAUUCCACACGAUUGGAUAUCGAGAUGGUGUUAUAGCAGGGAAAGAAGCUUCUGCGCAAGAAGGGUUUAAUGUUGGCUUUAAGCAAUCAAUGCUUGUUGGGUAUGACUGGGGUCUUGUUAGAGGUGUUAGUAGUGCACUGGCUUGCCUUCCGGAUGAAUUGAAAGACAAGUUGGUGGAAACACAUGGAAAGCGUGAAAAGUUUAAUCGCUUGUAUGAGUCUGUGCAUGCUCUUUCAACAACUGAUGCUUUAAAGUUGUUUCAUGAUGAUAUUGUUUUAAAGAAAUUGGUGGAAAAGAGAGAGAGUUCUGAAGGUGACUCCCAUAUGGUAGGUUUGAAAGAUCAAAGUUCAGACAGUGGGCUUCUGGGAAAUUACUUUGGAGAGCUUCAAACACUUCUUCGUGAGUCUCCUGCAGUGGGAGUGCAUUUAUUGAGAGACCAAUAGAUGGUGUCAUAGCUUCUGUUUAUAAUUUACAAAAAGAAGACCUAUUCUAAAUGUGAUGCUAACUUUUAUAGGAUUCAAUUCUAUUGAAGAGAAAUAUAAUUUAUUAUUCAUGAUAAA